UUUAUGCAAGUUAAUUUCAAACACUAUUUAAUACUCUUUUUGUAAAUCAAACUGAUCUUUCCAUCAAACUUUAUUCAAGAAAGAGAGCCGCAUAAAGCCUGUACUCCGUUCCUCCCAUAACAUCUUUUUCUGCAAGCAUGGGGUUCCAAUCCUUGCCAUUUCCCAAAUUUCCCACUUUUUUCAUUGUUCUCUUUUCCUUACUCUUAUCUUUCAAUACUUCGAAAAGCCAAAACUUGUUGCGUAGAGGCUCUUCACUAUCAGUUGAAGAUGCUUCAGACGUGUUAUCAUCCCCAGACAAAACUUUCACCUGUGGGUUUUAUGGCCUUGGUCAAAAUGCUUAUUGGUUUUCAAUCUGGUUCACCAAUUCUAAAGAAAGAAGUGUUGUUUGGAUGGCUAACCGUGACAGACCAGUCAAUGGGCAUGGCUCAAAAGUUACUUUCCGGCGAAAUGGUGCCAUGGUACUAACCGAUGUUGAUGAUUCGGUAAUUUGGAUGACUAACACUACCUCUACCAGUGCUUAUAGAGCAGAGCUUUUGGAUACUGGAAAUCUUGUUUUAACGAAUGCAGAUGGUAAAAUUCUAUGGCAAAGCUUUGAUUAUCCUAGCGAUACACUUCUUCCAAACCAACUUUUUACAAAGAGCACACAGCUGAUUUCCAGAUUAGGUAAAGGAAAUUAUGCUUCUGGGUAUUUUAUGUCUUAUUUUGAUAAUGAUAAUGUAUUGAGAUUGAUGUAUGAUGGACCCGAUAUUUCAAGUGUGUAUUGGCCUAAUCCUGAUUAUAAUGUGUGGCAAAAUGGAAGAACAUCGUAUAACAGUAGUAGAAUAGCUUUUUUAGAUGAAACAGGCAGUUUCUUAUCAAGUGACAAGUGGCAAUUUAGAGCUUUUGAUGUGGGCUUUGGGAUCAAAAGAAGGCUAACUAUGGAUUAUGAUGGGAAUCUCAGGCUUUAUAGCCUCAACAAUUUGACAGGAUCAUGGAUGAUUUCAUGGCAAGCUAUUAUGGAGCAAUGUAAAGUUCAUGGGAUUUGUGGUAGAAAUGGGAUUUGUGUAUCUACACCAGAGCCCAAGUGCUCAUGCCCUCCAGGCUAUGAGGUAACUGAACCGGAUAAUUGGAACAAAGGUUGUAAGCCUAAGUUCAACAGAACUUGUUCAAACUCACAGCAACUGAAAUUUAUCGAGGUUCAAAAAGUAGAUUUCUAUGGGUUUGAUCUCCAUUACAGUAAGGCUACAUCAAUGGAAUCUUGCAAGAAAUUAUGCUUGGAUGAUUGCCAGUGUGAAGCAUUUAGCUAUAGGCUGAACGGGGAAGGGCUUUGUUACACAAAAAGUGCACUUUUCAAUGGCUACCGUUCUCCAACAUUUCCAGGCAGCAUAUAUUUGAAGUUUCCAGUCAGUGUUGAGGCAUCAGAACCCGAUAGUCUCAAUGGCAGCAAUCCUGUAUGUCAAGAAUCUAUAAUUAUGAUGGGAUCACCUUCCAUGUAUGACACUACUGGCAAGAGAGUGAGAUGGAUUUAUAUGUACUGGUUUGCAUUAGCUAUUGGUGCAAUUGAAGUUAUCUUCCUUCUAUUAGGUUGGUGGCUCGUUUAUAGAAGACAUGGUGUGCCAUCUUUAAUAGAAGACGGAUAUCGUGCACUUUCAACUCAGUUCAAGGGAUUCAGUUAUGCUGAACUCAAGAAGGCAACGAAAAAUUUCAAAGAAGAAAUUGGUAGAGGAGGUUCCGGGGCUGUGUUUAAGGGUGUUUUGGGAGAUGAAAGGAUGGUGGCUGUCAAGAGACUAACAGAUUUGUAUCAAGGAGAAGAAGUGUUUUGGGCAGAAGUGAGUAUAAUUGGAACAAUCUAUCACAUGAACCUAGUGAGAAUGUGGGGGUACUGUUCAGAAGGCAGACAUAGACUCUUAGUCUAUGAGUAUGUGGAAAAUCAAUCACUGGACAAGCACAUAUUCUCACCAGGUUUUCUGGGAUGGAAAGAAAGGUUCAAAGUUGCCUUGGGGACAGCCAAGGGUUUAGCUUAUCUUCACCACGAGUGCCUGGAAUGGGUUAUUCAUUGUGACGUGAAGCCUGAAAAUAUUCUUUUGGACAGUGAAUUUGAGCCCAAGAUUGCAGAUUUUGGGCUGGCUAAGUUGUCUCAAAGGGGCAGCUAUGGUUCUGAAUUCUCUCAGAUUCGAGGAACGAAAGGUUACAUGGCUCCAGAGUGGGCUCUAAAUCAUCCUAUUACUGCCAAAGUUGAUGUUUACAGUUUUGGAGUUGUGAUUCUAGAGAUGUUGAAAGGAAUUAGGCUUUCAAAUUGGGUGGUAGAGGAUGGUGAGGAGCAGGAAUCGAAGCUGACAAGAUACACCAGAUGCGUGAAAAGGAAAAUUCAAUGUGGAGAGAACACAUGGAUAGAGGACAUGGUGGAUCCAACAUUGAAUGGAAAGUUUAGUGAGAAACAGGUUGCAGCAUUGGUUGAAAUUGGUAUAUCCUGUGUGGAGGAAGAUCGAAACAAGAGACCAACGAUGGAUUCAGUAGUCCGGACCCUGUUGGAAUGUGAAACUGAAUCUGAAGUCCCCAGUCCAGGCAAUCACUAACUGCACUUCAGCUGUAAACAUCUUCCCUUUUCUAGCUAGAGUAUAUUUUUGUGCUUUCAUGAUUAGGAUACACAGUUUAUCGUGU